AUGGACGCCCAGCAGUCGGCUGCUCUCGCCGACGCUGGUUCCGCUCGACACCUCGACGAUGGGUCCAGGACCAUGACCUCGACCGAGGAGAUCAACAACACCAUCACCAGACCAGGCAGCGUCAAGAUCAAUGUCAAGGGCGCAUUCAUCGUCGACCCCGAUGCCUCCACGCCGGCAGUGGGAGCCGCUGGUCCUUCCCAAGUGAAUGGUCGAGGGAGUCCCACGCACCACGAAACAAGUGACAUUCGUCUGCCCAACCACACCGCCGUGGUCAGCCAUAUCGCCGUUGAUAUUGGCGGAUCACUCAUCAAGUUGGUCUACUUCUCCCGCGAGGUGCAUUCCACCGACCCCGGAGGCCGGCUGAAUUUCCAAAUCUUCGAAACAGAUCGCAUCCAUGACUGCGUCGAAUUCAUGAAACAUCUUCGAGAUGAGCAGCUGGCGCUCAAUGGAUCUCAGCCGGGUGAGCUGUGCGUCAUGGCCACCGGCGGCGGCGCAUACAAGUUUUACGACAUGAUUCGAGAUGCGUUGGGCGUCGACGUCCUUAGAGAAGACGAGAUGGAAUGUCUCAUUAUCGGCUUGGAUUUCUUCAUCAAAGAGAUUCCUAGGGAGGUCUUUACCUACUCAGAGACCGAUCCCAUGCACUUUGUGAGCCCUAGAGAGACGAUAUAUCCCUAUCUGCUGGUCAACAUUGGGUCUGGCGUCUCCAUUCUCAAAGUCGACGGCCCCCGAUCGUACCAGCGCGUCGGCGGCACGUCUCUGGGAGGAGGCACUCUAUGGGGCCUGCUGUCACUCCUCACAAGCGCCAAGAGCUUUGACGACAUGUUGGAGCAAGCUGGUCACGGAGACAACGCAAAUGUCGACAUGCUCGUCGGCGAUAUAUACGGCACGGAUUACGGCAAGAUUGGACUCAAAAGCACAACCAUUGCCUCGUCGUUUGGGAAGGUGUUUCGCAAAAAGAAUACGGCCGAAGCCGCCGCCGCCGCCGCUGCUGCUGCCGCCGAUGCUGCCGAGUCGCCAGAGAAUCCCUCUGCCGCGGGCACCGGCCCCCUGCAGCUGGGCUUCACGGAAGGCGACAUAUCGAGAUCGCUGCUGUACGCAGUGUCCAACAACAUAGGGCAAAUUGCGUACUUGCAGUCGCAAAUACACAACGUGUCCGACAUUUACUUUGGCGGCUCCUUCAUCCGCGGCCACAGACAAACAAUGAACACGCUGAGCUACGGCUUGAAAUUUUGGAGCAAAGGCGAGAAGCAGGCGUACUUUUUGCGGCACGAGGGCUACCUCGGAGCUGUUGGCGCAUUCCUCAAGAGGCAGCCCAAGAACUGGGGCCGGCGAAACAGCCUGGAGGGCAGGGAGGACAUCGCCGAGCUCAGGAAGAAGCCGAGGGCCAAGAAAACCACUGCCGCGUGA